AUGUACACCAGUCUUCUGCUUCAGCACUUUAACACCGACGACGGCCCGGAUGGUUGGAGUCUGCGAGGGAAUGAUGCCGGAGGAAACGUCUGGCGAUGGAUCAACAUUGCUGCGACCAUGUCAUUAUAUGCGAUUGAGCUGUAUCUGGGCAGCGAUGAUCCAGAGAGCGGCCUCACAAACCACUGGAAGAUGGACUAA